CGGACCGUACUGUAAGAACUUAAAAAUAUCGUGUUGUUUGCUGGUAAACAUAUCUAUGUUUUCUUCAACAUUAUGGCAGAUUGAGGCAUGUUCCAGAAGCUCUGUUCUGUUUCUGAAGUCUUUAAAGUGUGCCGCGUUCGCCUUGUCUCACGGUCAUUGCUCCAGCGCGCACACUGUCACUCAUCCAAGCAGCGGACAGAAGUCGAAGGUCUCAGUACGUUGUCGGUCUAAACCUCAGAGACAGGUCUGUAAAACUGUACUGCAGCAUUUUGAUUCACAGUACAGCGAAGAGCUUGGAGAGCAGUGGAAAAGUGCAAGGGAUGUGCUUCUUAAUCCGCACUCAUGGCAAUAUGGUGUCCUGCUUAAUCGCUUCAGUGACCUUACAAACCUUGAGCAAGGCCUCAGAGCGCUAGGAUACACAAGCCUCCUUCCACGGGUACAGUCUGAAUCCCAGUCCCAUACAGCCCACAUCCCUCUACAGUGUCUUAUUCACCGAGAUCCAGUCCGUCUGCCCAACCAAGGUCACCAACCAGGCUGGCUCAAACAGUACUUUCUUCUGAAUGCAUCUUCUGUUCUGCCUGUACUGGCUUUAGAUGUGAGGGACGGAGAAAAAGUGCUUGAUCUUUGUGCAGCUCCUGGUGGGAAAAGUCUGGCCAUACUGCAGACAGCCACUCCUUGGCUCCUGCACUGUAAUGAGGUGGAUCCGCACAGAAACGACUGGCUGUUGAAGACUCUGGAAUCUUAUGUUCCUACUACGCUACAACAUUUGCUUUCAGUGACUCGCCUGGAUGGCAGGAGAGUUGGAGGUGAGCGGCCGGGGGCUUAUGACAAGGUGCUUGUAGAUGCCCCAUGCUCUAAUGACCGGAGUUGGCUUUAUACCCCUGAUACCCACCAAGGGGACAUCUGGCUAAAGGAGAGAGCUCAACUACCACUCCUACAGAAACAGCUACUGUGUUCGGCCCUAGCUGCAGUGCGUCCUGGGGGAGUGGUUGUUUAUUCCACAUGCACCAUGUCACAGGCAGAGAACCAAUCAGUGGUGGAAGCCGUCCUCACAUCCUAUCAGGGGAUGGAGCUUCUGGAUCUCACGCAGUUGAUUGACUCGCUGUCUGAUCACUUUGGCUUUGCCCAUCUCCAUCCGCCAGUGGGACAUUUAGUGAUCCCCAAGAAGGGACAGACUUGGGGACCUAUGUAUGUUUGUCGAUUGAAGAGAGUAUAUUAAAAACUUAGUAGUGUGUCCUUACCACAUAAGAGAUGUAGUUAACUCAAACUCAACUGCCUUUAAAAUGCAAAGCUUUUAAAUAAAUAUCAUCAGAUCAUGUA